AUGGCUUUAUUAACUGUCAUUAUUACUAUUAUAUCUUUACCUGCGGCGCUAUUUCUGUGGACUGCGCAUGCAUUAGCACUCAAUCGGGAAAAAGUAAAAGCGAUAGGUUUACCUUAUGUGGUUCGAUGGAUAUCUCCCAUAAACCCUUUUUGGCUGCUUUAUGGGAGCUCGUUCGUACGACUUUGCACAAGGCUCGGAAUAGCAACAGAGAACAUGCAACACAUAUACUCCUACGGCUGGGAAGCAAAUGAACGGGCACGCAUUCACUUGAAACACGGCGAUGUAUUUGUGCUUGUCCAUCCUGGGGGUAUCUCGCUCAGUGUAGCAAACGCGGAAACCAUCUACGAUAUUUUACGACGAAGGACUGAUUUUCGGCGCAAUAUGGAAGAAAUGGCUGUGUUGAAUGUCUACGGCAAGAACCUAUCCACAACAGAUGAUCAAGAGUGGCAGCAACAUCGAAAAAUGACAGGUGUUACAUUUACGGAAAAGAAUAAUGAAGUUGUUUGGAUACAGUCUGUCAAACAGGCGACUGGUAUGUUGGAAUACUGGAGUCAAAAAGAGGAGCAACCUAUACGGUCUACACACGACGAUACCAAGGUCUUUACUCUGAAUGUUCUUGCUGCAGCUCUUUUCAACAAUGUGUACCAUUUUGAGGGGUUUGCCGAAGCCAAAAAGGAGAAUCACAAGGACGAUCCGUCUUAUCAGUACAGGGAGUCUUUGUCCACAAUACUCUCAUCCAUCAUCCAGAUAUUCAUUUUCGGCGAGGAUGGCUUGAAAGCAUGGUGGACCCCAGUGUCGUGGAAAGAUGCUGCCAAUGCCAUGUCAACUUUUCGAUUAUACAUUCAUGGUUUAAUGGACGAAGAACGAACUCUUUUACGACAGGGGGCAAAUGUCAAUCAACAUCUGGUCGCGCGUUUGGUCCGAGCAUGCGAGGACGGUCGAAUUGCCGACGACGGCGCACCUGAUGAGCUCCCUGAAGAUGCCGAGAAGCCAGGUCGAAAUAUUAAUCUAACGGAAGAAGAGAUUCUGAGUAAUCUCUUUGUAUACGCAUUCGCGGGGAAUGACACCACUUCCAUAGCGCUGACGAACUUGCUGGUCCACCUUGCUGCAAACCCAGAGACACAAGACUGGAUUGCUGAAGAGAUCAAUCAUUACCUACCUCAUGAAGUUACGGAAAGAUGGAGCUAUAAUAACUUUCAAAAGAUGAAGAGAUGUGGUGCAGUCAUUAUGGAGUCUCUUCGAAUGUGUCAUCCACUGUCGCAAUUGGUGAAAACCACGGGUUCAUCAUCCCAAAUUCUUAACGUGGAUGGUACUCAAUACAAAAUCCCGGCAAGCACAGCUGUACAUUGCUCUCUUCCAGCACUUCACUCCCACCCUAAAUACUGGGGGUCAACUGCCAUGGAAUGGAAUCCUAGUCGUUUUAUAUCUAUCGAUGGAACGGAAAACGUAAGCUCCGUGAAUACUUUCGAAGAAGAGCGUCUUGCCGCAGAUACUUCACAGCAUUUCAUGCCUUUUGCAUGGGGUCAACGUGUUUGCCCAGGGAAAAGGUUUGCUCAGGUCGAAUUAGUCGCUGCAUUAGUGGUGUUUUUCAAGAACUAUCGGGUAAUACUUGAGGUGAAUGAUGGCGAGACAGAACAUCAGGCAAGAAAGAGGGCUUGGAACACGAGUCUCAAGGUUGAUCAUGAAGGUCAUAUGUUACACGAAAUGGUCAAGCCGGAGAGUAUCGGGCUGAAGUGGGUCAAGAAAGUGUGA